AUGGCUCCGCCACCUGCGGUGCCGGAAGCGGACCACCAGGACGACGACGACGGCAUCCCGGAAGGGACCGGGGUAGACCUGAGAGUGGCGGUACGUAGGCUCAAGGCCAGGAAUACCGCCCCAGGACCCGAUGGCUUGCCUGGCAAAGCCUGGGUCCUGGCCUCGGAGGCUCUCGGGCCCCGACUGGAGGGGCUCCUAAGCGCAUGCUUGGAGAGAGGCCAAUUCCCGCUUCGUUGGAAGACGGGGAAGCUGGUCCUCAUUCGGAAGCCGGGGCGCCCUGCGGACUCUCCGUCCGCAUACCGGCCCGUGGUGCUGCUCGACGAGGUGGGCAAGCUCUUUGAAAGAGUCAUUGCAAACCGCCUCGCCGAGCACCUUGCGGGGACGGGGCCGGAUCUUGCGGAACACCAGUUUGGUUUCCGCAAGAGGCGCUCUACGGUGGACGCCAUCAUGCGCGUGAGAGCCCUCACGACGGGGGAUGCAGUGGCCAGGGGGGGGGGGGGGUUGUUUUGGCGGUGUCUCUCGACAUCGCCAACGCCUUCAACUCCAUGCCCUGGAGCUGCAUUAGGGAGGCACUCCGGUAUCACCGGGUGCCGACCUAUCUCCGUCGUAUAG